GAUUGGCCGGCAUGGGCGGGGCGGCCCGGUGUGCCGGUUCCUGUGUCCGGCGGACGAUGCCGUCCGGCGGCUGGCGCUGGCUGCGCGGCCUUUGGGCUGCAGGUCAGCCCCUCUUCCAAGGCCGUGCGUUGCUCGUCACCAAUACCCUGGGAUGCGGCGUUCUCAUGGCGGCUGGGGAUGGGGCGCGCCAGACCUGGGAGAUUCGCGCCCGGCCCGGCCAGAAGUUCGACCCGCGGCGCUCAGUGAGCAUGUUUGCAGUUGGCUGCAGCAUGGGCCCCUUCCUGCACUAUUGGUAUCUCUGGCUGGACCGCCUGUUCCCUGCAUCCGGCUUCCCUGGCCUCCCAAACGUCCUCAAGAAGGUCCUCAUUGACCAACUGGUGGCCUCUCCUAUGCUUGGCGUCUGGUACUUCUUGGGCCUUGGCUGCCUGGAGGGCCAUACCCUGGACGAGAGCUGUCAGGAGCUGCGGGACAAGUUCUGGGAAUUCUACAAGGCUGACUGGUGCGUGUGGCCUGCUGCGCAGCUGGUGAAUUUCCUCUUCGUGCCCCCCCAGUUCCGAGUCACCUACAUCAACGGCCUGACGCUAGGGUGGGACACGUACCUCUCCUACCUGAAAUACCGGAUCCCAGGCCCCCUGACACCCCCAGGCUGUGUGGCCCUGGGCACCAUGCAGACUGAACCCCCAGAUGCCAGACAGCAAGGCAAGACUGACUGAGCCGCCGUGGCGGACCAGCCACCUGGGCAGGAAGGGGAACCGACUCCUAGGCCAAGUCCUAGCCACACCCUGACUCCUGGGCAUCUGCUUGGGCUGCCCCUGCCAAGCCCACUGCCAGGCCUCAGUUUCUGCCUCUGGAACACAACCAUGAAGAUGGACAGUUGUACCUCAGCCUUCUGGGGCAGCUUCAAGUGACUCGUGAUGGGCCAUCCUCAGCUCUGGGGUCUCAGCCAGCCAGCUGGCACCAAGCCCUCAACACUACUGUAGGCUGGGUGCUUCGGGGCCAAGGAGGGGGAUAUCGCCCACCCCCUUGCAGCCAGGCCCCAGAAUUUGGAGCCUCCAGUCUCAUCCUCUAGGCACGGACUGUGGAAAUACCAUUAAAUUCUCGUUGUAAUUGAAAA